AUGGUGGAGGCGGGUGGCGCACGACGCCACCGAAUCACUCUCGAAUCCGGAGACCACACACUCACUCUCCUCGCUUUUAGGACCGGACCACUCAGAACGGUAGAGGACUUUGCUUUUCGAAGGCCUUUUUGGCCCACUUACUCUGGGUUUGUCAACAGUCUAUUUCACCUCGAAAGGAGGUUCACAAAACGGUAAUCGCCGGGUAAUUACACUAAAGAUGAGAUGGUCAACAAUCACAACACUGAUAGUCAACUAACAAAUAUAACUGGAAAGCUCCAGAACACAAGCGUCUGGCCUUGAAAAAGUUAGAACAAAACUUGGUUUGUGCGCCAGUCGCCUUGGAUUGGCGCGCUUUAGGUUACUUUGGGAAUUGCAAAGAACCACACAUUUUUGCAGACUUUCCAAAUUACGGGCCGGCCCGGUCGGCCCGGCUCAAAAGGCGCGAAUUCAAAUUUUUGGGGGAAAUCUAUUUUUUCGUUUUUUUUGCGGAGAUCAAAAUUAAAACUUUUGCUUUGAUGCCAAUAAAAACUAUUUUUGAGAACUAUGUACAUUUCUUUUUUAUGCUCGAUACUUGCAAAAUUCGUUAGUUCUACGAAAAACAAACAUUUUAUUUAAUCAAUAGUUCAAAAUUUGGAUUCCCGCUUUUUGAACCGGGCAGGGCCGGAGUUUUGAAAAUUUUGGCCCGGCCCGUGGCAACUCUGCAUUUUUGACCCACUUCUGAUAAUCCGAUCGGGCCCAAACUUUACAGGCCUCUUGGAUUUGGAUUGAAUUGAUUUGUUUUGCAGGUGCUGUUCUAUGUGCUCACAAUACUCACUCUUGGAAUAUUUCGUCUCAUUUUGCACUGGAAACAAAAGUGGAAUGUGAAAUUUCGGAUGGUUCCGUGCACUUUUGAGGCCGCCGAAUACAUUUAUAUUGUGUGCGUUCUCUUCUUUUCCUCCGAGACUGUUUAUUAUCAUGAUGAAACUUUUUUGAAACUGUAUUCUCAAAAUUUUCAGUGACAAUCACAACGUGACCGAACUUCAGCCGGUGCAAAGGAAACGGAAUGCGGUAAGUGUUUCUGUUUUGAAAAUUGUGCAGAAAAUGUCAAAAAACAUGUUUUGCAGACAAUCCCGACGGAAAACGGCGAAAUGCGUAGCGUGGACGAACUGCGGUGGUUCGUCUACCGAAAACUCGAGUACGUGUGGCUGGAGUCGGACGAAAACGCGUCGGAAGGCAAUAUUCCUUGGUGUUGGCGGCGGAAUAAGUGAAUUUUGAUUAUUAAGGCGGCUUCUGGAAGACGUCCUCCGACAUUGCCUACCGUAUUCCUUGCCGCUCGCUCUUGCGCGCCUCCGAAUCGAACCACGGACUCAGUUUGGACGAAGUGAUGAGAAGAUUGGCGUUUUACGGCCGCAACGAGAUUGUUGUGCAGCUGAGAUCCAUCGGACACCUCCUUUUUAUGGAAGUCAUCACGCCCUUUUAUGUCUUUCAAAUUUUUAGGUAAUUUUUGUCGUCGUUUUCAUUAAAAAUGUGUAGAAGACCAACAAUUGCAGUGUAACAGUGUGGUACAACGACGAAUACGCCUACUACGCUUCGCUGAUCGUCGUUUUGUCCGUCUGCUCGAUCGUGAUGGACGUUUAUCAGAUUAGGACUCAAGAAAUGCGGUACGAGCAUUUUUUAUUCUCGAAGAAUAAGAAACGAGUAUCGUUUUUUUAUUUUUCCUAAUUAUAAAAAGUAAUAAUUCGGAAACUGCAAUGUUUUGCAGCCUUCGAAGUAUGGUUCAUUCGACGGAAGAGGUCGAAGUGAUACGGGACGGAAAAGAAGUGACCAUCGGCUCGGAACAGGUACAGUUUUGAAGACUUGUCAAUAUCCGGGACAUCCCGUCCUUAUAGGAUCAGCGAACCCUCUUAUUGUUGUCUUAUUUCCACAUGCACUGUCCGAGUCCCAACUCUCAGAAAUGCCACAAAUAAAGUUGUGGCCUAGAAAACUCCUAGGCCAUGGGAUCUUUUUUGUAUUCGGCACCAUAGUUGCCACGGGCCGGGCCGGGCCGGGCCGAAAUUUCCAAAACUCCGGCCCGGCCCGGUUCAAAAAGCGGGAAUUCAAAAUUUGAAUUAUUGAUUGUAUGAAGCCAUUUUUUGUAGAAUUAGGGGUUUUUUGCAAGCAUCGAACAUUGAAAAACAAAUGUAUUUCUCAUAAAAAAUUCAUAAUAGCAAAAAACAAAGAAGAAACAAUUAGAAAAAUAACAAUUAACAAAAAACAACGAAAAGUAACAAAUGGGAUAUUUAUGCAACACUCGCAGAGUUUCCCUCAAUCCAGUUUGGAUAUUUCGAAGCGAUUUGUGCUCCGAGCACUACAAGUUCCGCUUUUUCGCAACGAAGUCGUGUUCUUCUUUUGUCAAGUAGGUAUCCGGCAGUGCUGAUGUUUCACAUACACGUAGUUUUACAAAAUUUGAAUAAAAAGAAAAACUUUUUGAAAAAACUCAGUGAGAUCUGAGUGAAUAAAAACAAAAAAAAACACUAAAACUUUAGUUCGAAAAUUUUUUUUGUAAUAACGAAAAAAAAAAUUUCCGCGAAAAUUUGAAUUCCCGCCUUUUGAACCGGGCCGACCGGGCCGGCACUUUACCGGCCCGGCCCGGCCCGGGCCGGCCCGAAAUCUGGCAAGUCUGUUCGGCACAAGCAUUCACACAGAUUGUCAAAAUGCAAGGGGGAAGAGUUUUCACACCUGAGUGAGUUUUCUAGGCCACGACUACAACUUUAGGUAUUUCAGAGAGUUGCGAGUCGGACACUGAGGGUUGCCUGGUCCUUUAGUAAAUUGAACUUUUUGCAGUUGGUGCCCGGAGACAUUCUGUUGAUUCCGCCGCACGGAUGCCUAAUGCAAUGCGACAGUGUUCUCAUGAACGGAACGGUCAUUGUCAACGAAAGUGUGCUCACCGGAGAAUCCGUACCUAUCACCAAGGUUUGACUCGAAUUUUUUAAAAUUUCUGGAUCGUUUUAAUUGAUAUAUUGUUCAGGUGGCGCUGACCGACGAAACGCACGACGCCGUGUUCAACAUUGAGAAAAACUCGAAAAAUGUGCUGUUUUGCGGAACUCAAGUGCUUCAAACUCGAUUUUAUCGUGGAAGAAAAGUGAAAGUGAGUCGAAUUCAGACGGCUUUUUGCUUGUUUUGACGGUAAGAGUCGCCGCCGACGGCCGUGUACGAUGCUCCGCCCGUUCCGCCUCCGGAUGAGCCGCCGUGA